GCAACAGGAUCUCCUGGUCGAUACGAUAUUGAUCUGUACCAUUUCACCGCCGCCAUAUGUCGUUGGGUUUUAUUCAAGAAGACUUUCAUUCAAAACUUAAUUUUCAUUUGUGGACGAUACCUACGCACGGUGGCUAACAAGGCGGGGAUCACAUACACCAUGGUGGACAUGCGUGAUGAGGUCCUGUUUCGGCAAGCUCUACAACCGAACACGCGUCUGGUCCUUUUGGAGACCCCUUCGAAUCCACUGAUGCGGUUAGUUGACAUCGAACAAAUUGUCCGUGUGACACGCGAAUAUAACAAAGAUAUUCUAGUGGCCGUGGAUAAUACGUUUAUGACUCCAUAUUUUCAGCGUCCCCUGGACCAUGGCGCGGACAUCUCGUGGCACUCACUCACAAAGUACAUGAAUGGACACGCAGAUGUUGUCAUGGGUGCGGUCAUCACGAAGAAUAAUAUCGAUUUACCGAAAAAACUGGCCUAUCUUCAGUUAGCCGGUGGAGCUGUGCCCUCGCCCUUCGAUUGUUACAUGUGUCUGCGGGGCAUUCGCACACUGGCUGUGCGAAUGCAAGCACACAUGCGCAGCGCGCUUAUUGUGGCCCUAAUGCUUGAACGACACCCGUGUGUAGAACGAGUCAUUCAUCCCGUUACACAGAAUGGCUUUUCACAGCCGCAGAUCCAGUCAGGCCUGAAAGGUAAAUUGGUAGAGGCGAGACAAAGGUUAGGCUUACGAGAUCAACUGAUUGGGUACAUCCUGCCUUUCACUCCUGAAGAGUUUACUUCAGCAACUAAACAGGAGGAGGGGCAGUUCACCGAUCAGGAUCUCCGCUACUUGGAUGUAACACCUGGAGCUUCCUUGCGACAGCGCGAGAUGCCUUUUGAAUUCAUUAGACUAUUGCCGCUCGUCUGCUGGCCCAAACUACAUCUGCACCGAUUGUCGAAAACCUCCAGCCGAUCUAUAUCUUUUGCUCACAGAUUCAAGGUCUCACAACCGUAA